UUACAGUACUGGGAAGUCUUCAAGCGGCGAGGCAGACCACGCAGGAUGAGCGGCGGCCGAGUGCCAUCCCGGUCGGAGGUCGCGGAGUGGAACCCUCAGCAGCUGGCCGACUACCUGCGGAAGAUGAAUCUGACUGACUGUGACAGAACCGUGCUGAAGUACUCCAUCACCGGAAAGCGGUUUGUGAACCUGACUGACAACGACCUGCAGAAAUUCCCCAAACUUCUUACGCCGAUCAUUUCGAAGUUGAGUGCUGAUAUCGGCAAGAAAGAAGAAAAACGAAGCCUCUUUGGUAAAAAAAGCAUGACACCUAGAUUUCCAGAACCAGUUUGUGACGUUAAAGGAUCGUGUGACAAUCAAUCUGACGACGACGACGACGUCAACGAUUAUGAGAGUCCCAACAGUUGCAGCGAGGAGAGCGGCCAGAGUGACUACGAGGAACCCAACGACGACGUGGACGCGGCCGAAGCGGAACAUUACGAACCUCCACCCUCUGAACCCUCGGAGGACUUGGCCAACAAGCUGCGCAGCGUCGUCCACCACAGAAACUCCGAAUACAUUGACACAGAUAAACGCGCCUCAUCCGGAGGUCCGCCGCCUGCUGUCUGCCCUCGACCACCUGUGGCAUCACGUUCUGCGCUGUCGCCUUGGCCAGCUGAGUCCGGUCAAGAUCACUCUCCACAGUCUAGUCGACGAGCAUCAGAGAAGUUACCUCGAGGACCGCCGCAGAUCUUCCGGAGCAACAAACCGGGAUGGAAUCCAUCUCCCAUUCGAGGUCCUCAAGUGGCAGUGAGGCCAGGCUUCCCCUCUCGAAGGCCUCAGGCGGACGUCCCGGAUUGCGUGAGAAGGUCCAACCCGUUCGCGUCGCCGUCUCCUUCCUCCCCGGCCUCCGUCGGCAGGAGCAACUCCUCCGUCGGGCCUCCGCCUCCCGGCAGGAUCGAUGGCAUAAGGGAGCACACGCACGACGAUGUACCCAAACCCGGCAUACUCCCUCUCCUUCAUAACACUCUGCACCCCCGCCCGACACCCCCCGCCCGCCACGGGGUCAGGGCAAUGCCUCUCAAUGUCUCUUCUGCUACUGAUGCUGAAGGCUGGGAUGAUGACGAGUUUGAUGACGACGAUACUGGUUACGAGAAUCCACACAGCGGCAGCGAGGACAGCGGCAAGAGCAGCGCCGCCGACGACGACUCAAACGACACGGACUGGGCCGACAAUUACGAACCGCCUCCGACAGAACCUUCGGAAGCGCUGACUCACAAGCUGCUCCCCGUCCUGCCCAGCGGAGAAGGCAAUUACAUCGAUAACAUUGAUAAAUAUGUGUCCUCCAGAGGCCCGCCGCCGCCGGUCAGUCUUCGGCCCCCGGUCUCUUCGCUUCCACCUCUAUCACCCCGCUUACCAGGUGAGACGUUGUCCGGUCGAGAUCACUUGCCGCACCCCGCCGGGCAAUCACUUCCAGGAAAAUUGCUUCCUGGGCCACCGCAGAUUUUCCGGGAAAAGAAACCAGGUCGAAACCCGUCUCCCAUUGGAGGUCACAACACUGAAGAGAGGCCGCCCGCACACUCUCCAAGGCCGCAGGCGGAUGUUCCCGACCCCGCCGGCAGGUCCAAACCUUCCGGGCCUUACCCUUGUUCGUCGGCCUCCGUGACGAGGAGCAACUCUUCCGUCAGGCUUCCUCCUCCCACCAGGUUUGACGGAAUAAGAGAGCAAAUACACAAUGAUGCGCCCAAACACAACACGUUCCCCCUUCAUAAAAAUCCGACUCUUCGACCAGCAACCCCUGGUCGCCACGGAGACAGCUUGCCUCCUGGUAACACUGCUGCCGGUUCACUCCCGUUCACUCCUGCCCAUGCCAACAACAGGAGCAACUUUUCUGGAUCAGACCGUUUUCGUCCUCCACCACAAAAACCUCCGAACAAACAGGGAAUGGACCCUCGCUGGUAUGUUGGUAAUGUGAGCAGGGGUCAAGCAGAAGGAUACUUAAAACAAGUCAGUAAGGACGGGGCGUACCUAGUGCGGGACAGCUCCCGCCAGAAGUCCAACCAGCCCUACACACUGAUGGUCCUCCACCAGAACAAAGUUUACAACAUCCAGAUCCGCCAUGAGGACAAGCAGUUCCAACUCGGAACGGGACUCAAGGCCCAAGAGUCCUUUCCCUCGGUGUGUGAUAUGAUCAAAUACCACUCCCAGUGUCAUCUGCUCCUCAUCGACGCCAAGAAGCGCUGCUCGGGCCAGCAGAACCAGUGCCUGCUCUCAGAGCCAGCAGGAAUUUACGUGUCUGGAUCCCACUGAGACCUUACAAUAUUCGAGUAAAACGAUCAAGAGCCAUUCUGGUUCAAACUGGUUUCUUUGUUGUCCACGUAGAAUUCCCCCCACUCCUUGAAUUUGUUGUCUCCUUUUGUCAAAGCGCUUAAGAUUCAAGAUCGCACAGUGGUGCCUUGAGUUCGAAUUUUUCAAGGUAGAGGACAUCGAUCUAUUUUUUUUUUGCUCUGACCUGCAAGGGCAAACUUGUGAUACGAGCACGUUACAGCAAGGGGGAGUUUGGCAGACAUAACCAGUAAAUAUUCAGAAAAAAAAUUGGCUCCUAGCUAACAAUUAGCAUCAUCCAUGUGGUGUGUGUUCAAACCUUUUAGGCAACGGAUAGAAGAACACAAAGGCUGGAGCAAGACAUGUAGACAGAUAAAACAGCAAUACUCAUAGGCAUAUAUUCUUUAUCCUCAGAGAAGAACGACUAGAAUUCCUGCCAUAUAUUUUUAUAAAGUAAAAUCGAGGAUGGACAAGGAAUAAAUUAACCUCAUAUCACAAGGCAGGUGGCAUGGCGGCACAGCUGGUAAAGCAUUGGACUCACUGUUCUGAGGUCCCGGGUUCAAUCCCGGACCCGCCUGUGUGGGUUUUCUCCGGGCACUCCGGUUUCCUCCCUCAUCCCAAAAACAUGCAACAUUAAUUGGACACUCUAAAUUGCCCAUAGGUGGGAUUCUGAGUGCGGCUGUUGUCUGUCCCUAUGUGCCCUGCGAUUGGCUGGCAACCAGUCCAGGGUGUACCCUGCCUCCUGCCCAUUGACAGCUGGGACUCCUCACGACACUCAUGAGGAUAAACAGCAAAGAAAAUGGAUGGAUGGAUCACAAGGCACCAAUGUUUUUAUUUUAUUUUUUUCUGACAAUGUACCAUUGUAAUCCAUCCAUCCAUUUUCCGAGCCUCUGAUCCUCACAAGGGUUGUGGGGGUGCUGGAACCUAUCCCAGCUACCUUCGGGCAGGAGGCGCGGUACACCCUGAACUGGUCGCCAGCCAAUCACAGGGCACAUGGAGACAAACAACAGUCGCAAUCACACCUCGGGGCAAUUCAGAAUCUCCAAUAAAUCCAAGAUGUGGGAGGAAACCGGAGUGCCCGGAGAAAACCCACGCAGGCACAGGGAAGAACAUGCAAAGUCCACACAGGCGGGGCCGGGAUUGAACCCCGGUCCUUAGAACUGUGAGGCAGAUGCUUUAACUCGUCUAUUCACCGUGCCGCCAACAUUGUAAUUUCAGUUUCAAAACAAUCCAAACACAUGAAUGUAAAAUGUUUUACAACUGUUACGUAGUAGUAGUUAGUGGUGUUGGAUAUUAAUGUUUUUACCUAUUUAGUGGUUACUUAUAAAUUUCACUGUCGCUCGCGCACACACAGAUGCACGCACACAUACACACAAAGUAUUGCCGCCCGUAUAAUCCCAGUCAUCAGUUACAGCUCAGCCCGUUUUGUUUUGUCUGCGUCGGCCGCGGAUUCGACGCCGUCGCCAACCGACGCGCCGACGCACGAUGCCAUUGGCUGCGCAGGGUCCCCGAAACAGAGCGCGAGACGGUCCCCUCCGAUGACGCAGGUGUGAACGUGGACAGAUAAGAAGGCACAGCACGGGUUUUGUCUGCAGGAUUACAGUUCAGCACCAGUCACGCGUCAGUGCUCGCAGAAUUAGGGGCUAGUCCAAAAUGUUGUUGCCUUCGUAUCAAGAUCAGAAUGUGAAAUGUUCAGUUAUAUCAUCAAUACCGUCAUUGUUGUUUCAGUUUUUGUUUGUCUGGGACUCACUCUUGCGUGGCUUUGUCCGUUUGUAAUAAUAUGCAUGAGAAUGUUCGUUUGCAUUUUAUCACAAAAAUUCAAUACAUUAAAAGUAAAUCACCUCAGCAGAGUGUGUGUUGGGGGGGGGGCAAAUCUAGUAUUAUCUUCGUAUCGCUAUUGCUACCAUUUUGAUGUAACUUCUAAAAACUACAAGUAUGAUAUUUGACCAAUGAUGCUCUGACCCGGAGAACUCAACUCCAUUCACUUCACAAGCGGCAGAUACGCAGACAGUAACCAACUACUGUAUUCAUUUUUGUUUAAUGUGCAGUAUUUCUGUGUUAUUGAGCAUUAUCAUAUUAAGAACAUGUAAUUACAUAUAUGUGUAUCUUCAUUGAAUCCCCACGUUUCCGUAUCAGCAUUCACUUGUUCACAAACUUUUACCUAUCCUUGUUCACACAUUCUUAUUCGGAAAUGUUGCAAGCCAAUCCCCUGCUUGUGUGUGUGUUGUGUGUUGGUGCGCAGACAUUUUUGUUCAUGCCACUGAGGACAAGCGUUAAAUAUUCGGAUACAGUAUUAAGAAAAGCGGCUUCAAGCCAUUUAAUGCCACUACCAGUUGAAGUUUACCGACAAGCUAGAGAGAA